AUGAAGCAAGCUGGGUUUCCUCUGGGAAUAUUGCUUUUAUUCUGGGUUUCAUAUGUUACAGACUUCUCCCUUGUUUUAUUGAUAAAAGGAGGGGCCCUCUCUGGAACAGACACCUACCAGUCUUUGGUUAAUAAAACCUUUGGCUUUCCAGGGUAUCUCCUCCUCUCUCUUCUACAGUUUUUAUAUCCCUUUAUAGCUAUGAUAAGUUAUAACAUAAUAGCUGGAGAUACUUUGAGCAAAGUUUUUCAAAGAAUCCCAGGAGUUGAACCUGAAAACUUGUUUAUUGGUCGCCACUUCAUUAUUGUGCUUUCUACGGUUACCUUUACUCUGCCUUUAUCCUUGUACCGAAAUAUAGCAAAGCUUGGAAAGAUCUCCCUUAUUUCUACAGUUUUAACAACUCUGAUUCUUGGAAUUGUAAUUACAAGGAUAGUUUCGUUAGAUCCAAACAUACCAAAAACAGAAGAUGCCUGGGUAUUUGCAAAGCCCAGUGCUAUUGAGGCUGUUGGAGUUAUGUCUUUUGCAUUUAUUUGCCACCAUAACUGCUUCUUGGUCUAUGGUUCUUUGGAAGAACCCACAGUAGCUAAGUGGUCCAAGAUCGUUCAUAUAUCCAUCUUGGUUUCUUUAUUUAUCUGUAUGCUGUUUGCUGCAUGUGGAUACUUGACAUUUACUGGCUUCACCCAAGGUGACUUAUUUGAAAAUUAUUGCAGAAGUGAUGAUCUGGUAACAGUUGGGAGGUUUUCUUAUGGCAUCAGUGUCAUUUUAACAUACCCAAUUGAAUGCUUUGUGACUAGAGAGGUAAUUGCCAAUGUGUUUUUUGGUGGGAAUCUUUCGUCAGCGUUCCACGUCGUCGUAACGGUGGUUAUCGUCACUGUAGUCACGCUUCUGUCAUUGCUGGUUGAUUGCCUUGGGAUAGUUUUAGAACUCAGUGGUGCACUCUGUGCAGCUCCCCUAAUUUUCAUCAUUCCAUCAGCAUGUUAUCUGAGACUGUCUGAAGAACCGAGGACACACUCAGAUAAGAUAAUGUCCUGUCUCAUGCUUCCCAUUGGUGCUGUGGUGAUGGUUUUUGGAUUUGUCAUGGCCAUCACCAAUCAUCAAGACUGCACCCAUGGGCAGGAAAUGUUCUACUGCUUUCCUGAUAAUUUGUCCCUCACGAAUAUCUCGGAUUCUCAUUUUCAACUGACAACACAACUUUCAAUUUUAAACAAUAGUAUCUUUCAAUGAGUUGCCUGCUUUUAAAAAUAUGUAUGCUUUCAUAGACUUCUAAACCACAUAAUAAACAUUCACAUGUG